AUGGAUUUACACAUCAACAUGAAGCCAACAGCCACAUCGGAUUCAAAAAGGGUUCCGAAGCCGCUGAUGGAGAAGAGACGGCGGGACCGCAUCAACCGCAGCUUGGAGACUUUACGCGUGCUGCUGCUGCACAGCGCGAAGAAUGAGAAACUCAGAAAUCCCAAAGUCGAAAAAUUGGAGAUUUUGGAGAGCGUGGUCCAGUUUCUGAAAGCCGAAUUGGAAGGCGGUGACAUCACCAGGCAAAAAAGCCGAAAAAGGGAUGAGGAGGAAGAAGCGAUGACGACAACGAAUAAUCGAGCCACGUCGUCCUCCCAACUGAACUACCAGGUUGGGGUGAGGACGUGCCUCCUGCGCGUCAGCGACUUCAUCCACGCCAGGAGCCAACACCUGAACGGAAUGGCCCAGUCGAACCGGGACCUCUCGCAGCGGGUAGGCGAGACUGGGGUUGAAGAAGCGGUCGGACCUUUGCCCCGCGUGGAACCCGUGCCCGCUCACUAUCUGCCCCUGAGCAGGGAAAGCACCCUCGGACAGACCUCCGGUGUUUACACGACGUCACAGAAUCCGGGCUUCGUCCGGGCGUUCGAGGGCACCCCCAAAUCGGACAGUGCGGACCCCGCAUCCACGCAUGGGCCGCACAAGCAAGCUACUGCGAGCGGGGUCUGGAGGCCAUGGCCGUAACAGGGCGCUUAUUGGAACAGACUUAUUUAACAAAAAACGUCACAAAUUGAGCUAAGA